UGCUUGCCCUUUAGACAUAUUGGUCUUUAUAUAUUCUUGGCAAUUAUAUGUGUUUUCCUCUCUCUCACUCUCAUCGGCCCAUUGCAAGAACUAAGCAAAGAAUUCCUUCAUCCUCCAGUCGUUCCAAGUCGAAGCUGAAGGACUGGUUUAGCCUGCGUUGCCCUUCAUCCAUCUUGCAAACAAGUCUGCACCCAAGAAAUCUCAGUUCCCCCUGCAUCCUUACAGUGAAGCCACUCCGACAGCACAUGGCCAGUCCAAUAAGCCAGGCUUAGUAUUUGCUGCAAGAACACAGCAAAGAAUCCGUUCAUCCUCUAGCCAUUCCAAGUCGAAGCUGAAGACAAGUCAGCAGUGAAGUCAAGGAAUCUCAGUUCCUCCUGCAUCCCACAGUGAGGCCACUCCCGUUUCCUUCUCGCCCAUUUGUUUAAGCAAAAACAAGGAGACACAACAAGAGGAAAAAAAAACAGGGGCAAAAGAAAUUUCUAGAAAAGAAGGAAGAAAUGGCCGGGGCCUUUUUUACCAACGUUGCAGUGAAUCUUGUGUCGAAACUUGGUGAGUACUUGUUUGCUCCCAUUGGACGUCAAUUUGGGUACGUGAUGUGCUACACAUGCUACGUCAAAGAUCUCGAAAAUGGAGUCAAUGAGCUAGAGACUGCAAGGGAAAGGGUGCAGCGCUCUGUCGAUACAGCCAAGUAUAACGGAAAACCUAUACACACUGAUAUUCAGAAGUGGUUGACUAGUGUCGAGAAGGAGGCUGAGGAAGCAAAAGACCUGUUAAAACGUGGCGAAAGUGCAAAGAAUGCUUGCUUCCGGGGGUGGAUUCCCAACCCCGUGGUGCGCCAUCCGAUUGGCAGGAAGGUGAAGAAGAUGACUCAAGUCAUUCAGGGCCUCCACGAGAAUAGCCGAAAUAAAAACUUCAAAAACGUCUUUUAUGAGAAUACUCCGAUAGGAAUUGUCACUGGCACCACUUCCGCUGAAAGAUCUGUUGACAAGAAAGAAGAUGUCCUUGAGUCGAGGGCUUCAGUCACAAAGGAUGUAAUGAAGGCCAUAGCUGAUGACAAGGUCCGUGUGAUUGGGGUGUAUGGACCUGGUGGGGUUGGCAAGUCCAAGCUUUUGGAGGACGUUGAAAGACAAGUAAAGCAAGAGAAGCAGUUUGAUGUGAUUGCUACGGCAAAUGUAUCACGUAAUUCAGAUCUAAAAAGAAUCCAGGGAGAAAUCGCUUAUGCACUGGGUCUGAAGCUAAUGAAUGAGGAAACUAUUCGUGGGAGAGCAGAUCUUUUGAAUAAGAGGUUAGAGAGUGAUCCUAAAAACAACAUUCUCAUAAUUUUAGAUAAUUUGUGGAAGAAGCUAGAGUUGAAGGACAUUGGAAUCCCUUGUGGUGAUGAUAAUAAAGUAAGAAGCUGCAAGUUAUUGCUAACGUCUAGAUACCGAGAUGUUUUGCGCACUGACAUGGGCACUGACCGAGAAUUCCGACUCAAUGAGUUGGAGCAUGGAGAAGCACGAAGACUUUUUGAAAGGAUAGUGGAGGACAAAGUCAACGAACCUGAUUUUAAACCCUUGGUGGAUGGAGUGGUCAGGAAUUGUGGUGGCUUGCCUCUUUUGAUUCUAUCGGUGGCAAAAAGGUUGAAGCAUGGAGAUAUGGCUGAAUGGAGGAAUGCUUUGACCAAUAUGGAAUUAUCGGAUGCAAAAUCAAUAGUGGAACUAAAUUACAAUGACUUAGAAGAUGAGAGGAUCAAAUCAUUGUUCUUGGUUUCUGCUCUAGAUUCUGGGAGAAUUGUCAUGAGGUGUUCCCUAGCAUACUGCAUGGGUUUGGGUUUAUAUAAAAAAUUCAAGACCAUAGAUGAUGCUAGGGAUAAGUUGAUUAUGGAUCUACAUAGCCUGCAGGACUCUUCUUUGUUACUAGAUAGUGAUAACAUGGAAGAGAUCAAAAUGCAUGACAUAUUUGUUGACGUGGCCAUCUCUAUUGCUUCCACUCAAUGGAAUGCCUUGGUUGGGAGGGAGGAUUGUGGGUUUAAAGAAUGGUCAAAAGAUGAUCUCCAAAAAUGCACCGCAAUGUCCUUCCCUUUUGUUGGCAUUGAUGAGCUUCCAGAAAAACCGGACUGUCCAAAUUUGAGAAUGCUUCUUUUAUAUGAAGACAACCCGUCUCUCCAAAUUUCCAAGUCAUUUUUUGAUUCUAUGGAGAAGCUCCAAGUCUUGGACUUUACUUGUCUAUCUUUCACAUCUCUACCUUCAUCGAUUGAGUUCCUUAAGAACCUCAAGUCGUUAAAUCUUGAUUUCUGCCAUCUGGAGGACGUGAGUGCUCUUGGAAAGCUGAAAAGAUUGCAGUUCCUAAGCUUCCACAAAUCUGCAAUCACUCGGCUACCCACGGAGAUAGGUGGACUUACAGAAUUGAGAUUUUUGGACUUGACCGGGUGUAUCGGGCUCGAGGUUAUUGAACCUGGCGUGCUUGGAAGCUUGGUAAAUUUAGAAGAACUGCAUAUGGAAGACAGUUUUGAUCAGUGGGAGGCCGAGGAUGAAGAACUGCGAAGCAACACCAGCCUGGCUGAGUUGAAGAACAUGAAAAAGUUGAGCACUUUGUCCAUUGCCAUUCCUCAUUCUACCAAUCUCUCAAGCGACCUACCAUUCGGGAAUCUAAAUGAGCAUAAAAUCCAAAUUGGGGCAUUUGCAUUUUGGUGGGAUGAAUACAAAGAAUCCAGAACUUUAAAGCUUAAGCUAGAUUCUGGCAAUCUUCUUCGUGAAGUGUGUAUGCAGGAAUGUCUGGGGAGAACGCAAGGUCUCCGCUUGGAUGGAUUGCAAGAUGGCAGAGAUAGCAUUCACAACUUGUGCACCAAAGGUUUUCAGGAAUUGAAGCAUCUUUUCGUAAAAAAUAACCACUCAUUUCAGUACGUUGUUGACUCCACACAGUACCCUACAUUUGCGAGACUCGAAUCAUUGGUUCUAGAGAAUUUGAACAACUUGGAGAAGAUUUGUCGCGAUUGUCUUCCCCCAGAAUCCUUCAGCAAAUUAAAGAUUGUGAAAGUGGACGAAUGCGAUGUAAUCAAACAUUUGUUUCCUUCGUCCAUGGCACAUAUAUUCUUGCAGCUAGAAGAGAUUGAAAUAACUGGAUGCCACUUGAUGCAACGAAUUAUCGGAGAUUGCGAAGCAGAUGAAUACAGAGAUGAAAUUGAUGAUGAUGCCAACGUGAAGUCAUGCAAGCUGCGUAGGCUAACGUUACAAGACUUGCCAGAGAUGAUGAGCUUCUAUGAAACUGAGGACCACUCAGUCGUAUUCUUGGAUGGGCAACAGGUUGCAUUGCCCUGGUUGGAGUCCUUGACACUAUCUGAACUUCCCAAAUUGACAGAGAUAUGGAACUCUCAAUUUCCUUCAGAUGUGAGCAACCUAAAAUUUCUAAGGGUAGAGGAUUGCGCAUUCCUCUUGAGCAUCUUCCCAUCAAAUUUGGUAAUAAAGCUACAGAAUUUGGAAGCCAUAACCAUUGAAAGAUGUCAGUUACUAGGAAACAUAUUCGACCUUGAAGGACUGACAACAAGUGGGGAUGUCAAGAUUCUCUCGCAAUUGACCACAUUAACCUUGAGUGACUUACCAAGGUUGCGAUACAUAUGGAACAAGAAUCCAAGAAUAGCGUUGUGUUUCCAAAACUUAAGGGUACUGAAGGUGCAAAACUGUGAGAACUUGAGGUUUCUUUUUUCUUCUUCCAUGGCUAAAGCACUCCAGCAAAUAAAAGAAAUUAAAAUAGCAAGUUGUAAACUAUUGGAGGAUAUUAUAGAUGUGCAAGAAGAAGAACCAGAGGAAGCUGCAUCCAUCGACACUUUAGAGUUCCCUCUAUUAACCUCCUUAUCUCUUGAGGAAUUGCCAAAUCUCAGGACAUUCUCUUAUGGGAAGUACCGUAUUCACUGUCCAACCUUAACAAGGCUGACGAUAACUGAAUGCCCCAGGAUGAUAACAUUCUCUUCAUUCGAAGGAAAGCAACAAACGGUAACAGCUGAUACAAGUUUACAACAAGCAUUUGGUGGUGUCAACUCUAGCUUGUCCUUGCCUAUACUCUUCAAUGAAAAUGUUCUUUUUCCGAGCUUGGAGGAGUUGACCCUCGUGUCGUUGUGUGGGUUGAUGAAGAUAUGGCACAAUCAACUUUCUGAAGAAUCAUUCUGCAAACUAGCAUCCAUCACGGUCCGAGAUUGUGAAAAUUUGUCCCAUAUUUUUCCAUCAACUUUCAUAGAGAGGCUCCGGAGCCUGAAAAGGAUUGAGGUGGUCGAGUGUGCCUCUUUGGAAGCAAUAAUGGAGCAUGUUGCUGUCAAUACUAAGAAAAGGAAAAAACGUCUGGUCUUGUUGGACUUAAAAGAAGUGAAGUUGUGGGACCUGCCGAGGCUGAAUGCGUUUGUGACAAGCAGCGCCGAAGCAACAUUGAGUCUUCCCAGUUUGACUUAUGUUAGCUUGCGCUGUUGCCACAGUUUGAGAUAUCUCUUCACAAAUGACACAUCCACGACUCUUGAUAAACUUGAGAUGCUAGAUGUUUUUGGUUGCAAUAACAUGCAGGAAGUAGUUGCCACGGAAGAAAGUGAAGAGCGAAAGUUGGAGGCAGUGAAGUUCUCUCAUUUACGUACAUUGCAGCUUUGUUCCCUUAAGAGCUUGAUUAGUUUCAGCUCAGGAACUUGUGCAUAUGAGUUUCCCUCCCUUAGAAAUCUCUCAAUUUUGGAGUGCACUGAAUUCAAGGCAUUCAUAAUGAGGCUGCCAGCACCAAGAGUGGAGGCGAUGAAUGAGGGGUCUUCCGGUUUUGAUGAAAGUCCACGCUCUUUAUUUGACGAGAAGGUUGUAUUUCCCAAAUUAGAAGAGCUACAUCUAACAGGAAUUCAAUCAAAAGGACUUUGGGAGAAUGAGAUGCCCGAUGAGUCCAUUUGCCAACUAAAGGUCCUUGAGGUGAAGCGGUGUCCCGACCUAUUGAAUGUCAUUCCUUCAUUCAUGGGGAAGAGGCUGCUUCACUGUAUGGAGUCCUUGACAGUUGAGGAGUGCCCACGUCUGAGAAACCUUUUUACAAUGUCUACGGCAAAAAGUCUAUUACAGCUCCAGUAUCUUGGUCUAGGGGGUUGUGGAGAGAUGGAAUACAUUGUUGCCAGAGAAGAGGAGAAACCUGAAGAAUCAAUUGACAUAAUUGUAAUUCCUCAACUUGUCACUCUAUAUCUUCACAAAAUGAUAAAACUCAGGAGUUUCUGCCAUGGGAAGCAUAUUUCAGAGUGGCCCUCCUUGAAAGAGUUUACUGUUGAAGAUUGUAAAGCUGUAGAGGUAAUUCGAGGAGAUGCCAAUUGUAGAAGACUAGAGGGCAGCGUUCCAACGCAGCAACCACUUUUGAUGGUCGAUAAGGUUGAGUUUCCUAAUAUGGAGUCAAUGAAGAUCUCGCACAUGGAUAACAUGGAGAAGAUGUGGCUUGAUGAUCUUGCUUCAAAUGCCUUUAGCAAACUCAAGACACUAGUAGUGGAGUAUUGCGAAAAACUUUCAUCCAUAUUUUCAUCUUAUAUUAUGCUCACAAGAUUUCAAAACCUAGAGAAGAUAACUGUGACCGAUUGUGGGUCUUUAGAAGCGGUAUUUCACGUCCAAGAGUUCAAUUUUAGCGAAGCUCAUUCUACAAGCACUUUUCAAUUGAGAGAAUUAGUUUUGACGCGGCUCCCAAAAAUGAAGCACGUGUGGAGUGGACUUCCUCAAGGUGGUCUUACCUUUGGACGCUUGCAAUCAAUCGAGGUUGUCGAGUGUGAGAGGCUCAAAAGUUUAUUUCCAAGCUCGGUGGCAAAAAGUAUGACACAACUCAAAGAACUUUUAGUAGAGGAUUGUGGGGUGGAGGAAAUUAUCGCAGAGAAAGAUAGAGUAGGGAUGAAUGCAGGCGAUCCCUUCUUUCCACAAUUAACCAACUUGAGAUUAUUUGAGUUGCCGGAACUGAGGAGCUUCUACAAGAAUAGUCAUACUUCAACAUGGCCACUCUUGAAGGAAUUGCGAGUGAGACAUUGUGCCAAGAUGAGGUCAUUCUCAUUAGGUACAACUACCAGCGAGAAACAAUCUGCACUGUUUUCUUUUGAAAAGGUCAUUUCACAGUUGGAGGAAUUGACAUUAAGGAAGGAGGAUGUUGUGAUGCUGCAGCAUCACACCUUUGGCAAUCUCAAACACCUAGCUUUGUCAUGCUACCACGAUGAAAAUGUCGCUUUUCCCUCCGACUUCCUUCUCCACAGAUUCCCCAAUCUAGAAGACCUUGCUGUGUCCUGUAAUUCCUUUGAUGAGAUAUUCCCAGAAGAUGCGUCUGGACAUGGGGGAGCGAGUUUGAAGGCGCUCGGAAAUCUGAAGCAACUUUGGCUGAUUAAGCUGUGUAACCUGAAGCGAGUCUGGAGAGAUGGCUCCUUGAUGGCUGAAAUCCUCAAACAGAUUGAAUUUUUGUGCGUUUGGCAGUGCCCUAGUUUAUCGAUCGUAUUUCCAUCCCCGACUUCAUUCCAGAGAUUGACGCAAUUACAUGUGGCGGAUUGCGCUGGUUUAGUUCAUAUGGGGACUUGCUCAGCAGUGGCAAGUCUGGUGCACCUUACUUGGCUAACCCUAAGAAAUUGUGGUGCAAUGGAAGACGUGGUAACAGAUGAUGGAAAUGGAGCAGAGGAGAUCUCUUUCCCCAGGCUGGAAGAGUUGAUACUUGACGGUUUACCAAGCCUUGAGAGCUUCUCCCCCUCGAAUUGCGCCUUCAGGUUCCCAUUAUUGGAGCGUAUUGUGGUCACGCAGUGCCCUAAGAUCAAUACAUUUUGCAAGGGUACCUUGAAGACACCAAACCUAGAUAAAGUACUCCUCUCCGACAAGGAUGACGAAGGGCGUUGGGAAGGCGACCUUAAUACCACCAUCCAAACCUUAUUGACAUGAAACAAUAUACUCCGUACUCAGCAAGUUAGGUGUCAUGCUCGCUCCGAUUAAAGUGGUUGCUUUUCCUUGCUAAAAAAUGUCUCCUGUAGUAAGAUGUUGAAGCAAGCUUUUUGCAACAUGGUGUUGAUGCCUCUUGACAUGGCAUCUUUGUGCCGACAUGUGGUAUUCACAAUGGGCAGGUGCUUCAUUGAAUAUCUCAUUCUUUUUCUAGUUUGGGAUGUCCUCUUUCUGUCAUUUCGUUGAUAAUGUUACUGGUGUAGCAUAAUGGUUGAACAAAUAAUAAUGGAUGUGGGGGUGCUCUAUCCUUUAUCGAAUUGUAUAGGGAUUUUGAAUGAGUGUUGGCUUUUAGGCAGCCUUAUUUAGCACCAAGACGUUUCUUUGGAGUUGGACUCUAUGGAUGAUGACACCAAUGGCCAUACACUGACCAAAGGGGGAGGAAGUCCAAAAAUCCAAAUAAGCACGUCUCCUUCAAGCAGCGUACCACAGCCUGCAUGGAGCCGUUCACAUUAGAUGUUUUCAUCUCCAAGCACUUCGUCUUGGCUUCACUCGCUCCCAAGCAAGUCACUGUUGUGGGUACCAAUUCUAAGGAAAUCAGACCCAAGUCGAGUCUCGGUCGGACAUUGGCAUGUUUGGCCGUAGGCCGGAUUUUAGCAGACUGGGGCGAGGGAAGCUGAUGCAUAAACUGCUUCAUAUACUCCAAGGGAGAGGGACAAGCUUGAAGGAAAAAUCAGAGCAGUAGUUCAGUCUCUGAUUGACAGUGGCAUUAAUAUUUAAGUUUAUCUUUACUCUUCUUGAGCAUGAUCCUUUUUAUGUGGACAACUCCUAGUAGGAAUAUAGUGACAUCUUGAAAGUUGUUUUGAGAAUACGCAGGAUGGUAGAAUUGGUUCAUUUGCUGGUUAAAUAUAGAUAAUAGUGACUGUUUGUUUGACAAUAGCAGAAUCGGAUUUUGUUUUGGCUUUGUCAAAACAUUUGCCUUCUGGAUUCUUGAAUGAGCAUUGUGAUGGCUAUCAUAGCUUCA